CCGCCUACCGGUAUCGCUCCUGCAGCUGUGGCGGUUCUCCGGGCUCCAGGCCGCGGGUCCAGUGAGGGCGAGAAAGGGCGCGGAAAUGCAAACGAGUGAGUCAGGCACUGUUUCUACUCGAUAACGGGAGGCGGCACCGCGGCGUAGGGCUGAAUUAAAUGCAGCCCGUGCUGCGACGCCGCUAUCUUAGCGUGAGCGAGGGAAGGGUGAGGAGGAGCCAGAGCCGGGUCCCCGCCGCCAUCUCCACCAUGGAGUCCCGGGAAGACGCUCCGCGCUCUCGCCGCCUCGCCAAUCCCCGCGGAGGGAGGCGGCCCAAGAGGAUUUCUAAGCCCUCGGUUUCGACCUUUUUCACGGGCCCGGAAGAAUUAAAGGACGCGGCUCAUUCCGCAGCCUUGCUGGCACAGCUCAAGUCCUUCUACGACGCGCGGCUGCUGUGUGAUGUGACCAUCGAGGUGGUGACGCCUGGCAGCGGGCCUGGCACCGGUCGCCUCUUUUCCUGCAACCGCAACGUGCUGGCAGCCGCGUGUCCCUACUUCAAGAGCAUGUUCACGGGCGGCAUGUACGAGAGCCAGCAGGCGAGUGUGACCAUGCACGAUGUGGACGCCGAGUCCUUCGAGGUGUUGGUGGACUACUGCUACACGGGUCGUGUGUCCCUGAGUGAGGCCAACGUGCAGCGCCUGUAUGCAGCCUCCGACAUGCUACAGCUGGAGUAUGUGCGGGAAGCCUGCGCCUCCUUCCUAGCCCGCCGUCUUGACCUGGCCAACUGCACUGCCAUCCUCAAAUUCGCUGACGCCUUUGACCAUCACAAGCUACGCUCUCAGGCCCAGUCUUUUAUUGCUCACAACUUCAAGCAGCUCAGUCGAAUGGGUUCAAUUCGGGAGGAAACUCUAGCAGAUCUGACCCUGGCCCAGCUGCUGGCCGUCCUACGCCUGGAUAGUCUGGACAUAGAAAGCGAGCGGACUGUAUGCCAUGUGGCCGUGCAGUGGCUGGAGGCAGCUCCCAAAGAGCGGGGUCCCAGUGCUGCAGAAGUGUUCAAGUGUGUCCGCUGGACACACUUCACUGAAAAUGAUCAGGACUACCUGCAAGGGCUGCUGACCAAGCCCAUUGUGAAGAAGUACUGCCUGGACAUCAUUGAAGGGGCCCUUCAGAUGCGUUAUGGUGACAUGUUGUACAAAUCUCUGGUGCCAAAACCAAACAGCAGCAGCAGCAGCUGUCUUGUAUCUGCAGCAGAAAAUCCACCCCAGAGGCUGGGUAUGUGUGCCAAGAAGAUGGUGAUCUUCUUUGGACGCCCCAGAGAUCCAUUUCUCUGCUGUGACCCAUACUCGGGGGAUAUUUACAAAGUGCCCUCACCUUUGACCUCCCUUGCUCACCACACUAGGACUGUCACUACCUUGGCUGUAUGUAUCUCUCCAGACCAUGACAUCUAUCUUGCUGCCCAGCCCAGAAAAGACCUCUGGGUGUAUAAACCAGCCCAGAAUAGUUGGCAGCAGCUUGCAGACCGCUUGCUGUGUCGUGAGGGCAUGGAUAUGGCAUACCUCAAUGGCUACAUUUACAUUUUGGGUGGACGAGACCCUAUUACUGAAGUUAAAUUGAAGGAAGUGGAAUGCUACAGUGUUCAGAGGAACCAGUGGGCAUUAGUGGCUCCACUACCCCAUUCUUUUAUAUCCUUUAACCUAAUGGUAAUUCAGAACUAUCUCUAUGUUCUCAAUAGUAGGCGUAUGGUCUGUUAUGAUCCUAGCCAUAAUAUGUGGCUGAAGUGUGUUUCUCUGAAGCCACGUUAUUUUGAGGAAGCUUGUGUCUUCAAUGAUGAGAUCUACUGUAUCUGUAAGAUCCCAGUCAUGAAGGUCUACAAUCCAGUCAGGAAAGAAUGGAGGCGGAUUAAUAAUAUUCCCGUGAUGUCAGAUAUUAACAAUUGCCAGAUUAUCAGUCAUGGCCAAAAGUUGUUGUUCAUCACAUCACGGACCCGACGAUGGAACAAGAACCAGGUGACCGUGUAUGAAUAUGAUGUUAGGGGAGACCAAUGGAUUAAUAUAGAUACCACAUUAGGCGUCUUGCAGUUUGACUCUAACUUUUUUUGUCUCUCAGCUCAUGUUUAUCCUUCCUGCCUUGAACCUGGUCAGAGUUUCCUCACUGAAAAAGGUGAUUUAUGGAGUGGAUUGGACAGUGAGUCAGAAAGUAUAACUUCUUUUUCUGAUGAUGAUUUUUGGACGAACGUAGCACUUUAGUGAAAUGCACAAGAUUAGUGAAAUGCACAGGAUUAGCAAAAUAGACAGGAUUACAGGGUUUGUUGUAACUAAAUUGAAUCACUAAAUUGUCUUCACUGCUAUGGGAAAUACCUUAAAAAGAAAUCCUUUCUGUUCCUGAGCAGAGUGAGGGAGUUUAUUGCUGUAGGUUUGGUUUUAACACUCCGAAGAAAUAAAACUAAUGAUUUUCUGUGCUAAAAGUCCAAUAGUGAUUUGA